AUGAGAUUUCAGCAUAAUUUUUUGGUAUUUUUUUUAAUCUUUGCAAUGAGUCUUCUUUUUAUCAUGGAACAGAAGCCAGUUAAUUCCCCCAGGAAAAGAAAAUUACACAGACACCACUGCUUCUGGAGGAGAUGCGUUUCACUCCACGCCUGA